AUGUCUCCUUCCCUCCGUUCUCCCUGCCCCUCCUGCCCUUCCUUCCCUCCUGCUCUCCUUCCCUCCUUCCACACUGCCCCUCCUUCUCUCCUGCCCUCCUUCCCUCCUGCCUCUAGUGUCCUACUGCUCUCCUGCCCCUCCUUCCCUUCUGCCCUCCUGUUCCUCCUGCCCCUCCUGCCCUCCUUCCCCCCUGCUCUCCUUCCCUCCGUCCUCCCUGCCCCUCCUGCCCUUCCUGCCCUCCUUCCCUCCUGCCUCACUGCCCCUCCUCCUCUCCUGCCCUCCUGGACCUCCUUCCCUCCUGCCCUCCUACUNGGUCUAGUGCUAAUUUUCAAAGACAAAUAUGUUGUGGACACCAUUCACAUGGAAGCCCCGGUGUCAGCCAUGCUUUUCGGGCGUUUUGGUCGAGAAGACAACACUUUUAUCUUGGUCAUGAAAGGGGGAGGCUUGCACAUCAAAAUCUUAAGGAGAAAAGCCCGCUUCGCCGCCGAUGAUUCUUCAGGUUUAGGCCCCGCCGCGGCCACGCGCCUUAAUGUGCCUAAGAAAACAAAACUUUUCGUCGAUCAAACCAUGAGAGAACGAGAAAAUUCCAUCCAAAUGCACCGCGUGUUCCAGCACGACCUGUACAAGCUGCGCCUGAACACAGCCCGACAGUAUGUGCGGGCGCUUGAGACAUCCAGCAACCCUGUCUCCAUUACACAGACCGAGCCUCUCAAGCUGUCAGCUCAGGUUCUUGGGUUGGGACCAACCUUCAAGAUCAAGGUGGAACUUCAGAACACUUCAGCGAGCUCCCCGUCACUGGGCUUGAUGGUCGUCUUCCAUGCAGACCAUCACGUGUACAACGUGCAGAACUCCGUCAUACAGGUGCCAAUGUUGGUGCCGGGAGUGGCGCACGUGGUCGAGACGUUAGUAAACAAUGUGUCGGAGCUUGGUGUUGCCGACACAGUCAAGGUGCUCGUAGUGAAGGAGAACUCUACACGACCAGUGCUAACUGCGCUCAUAAGCAUGCCUGUGGCCGACACGGUGUCUUGAAGUACUAAUAUUUUUGCUGCUUCUAUUUUUUAUCUGGAUCAAUGCUGCUGUGUUGCAAGCGAGAUGACAAGUCACAAAUAUAUGUUAACUUUUAAAUUCAAUGGAUACUCUACUUUCCUGAUCUACUGAAAAUCCCUGAAGCUCCGUUGACCUUGUGUAAAUUCUACUAUUGUAGUACACCUUGCAUUGUCUUGACUAAAUAUCGCGAGAUAAACAUCAAAGUAUAUUACUAAAUGAUUAAAAUUUUG